AUGCCGCGAACUCCAAGCGCAACAACGCCUUCGCCGAAAGCCGCAGAUGACGUGGCUAUUGUGCAAAGAGUACUCGAAGCUUUGGACAUCGAUCUUGAAACCAGACCUUCGGCUGAAUAUGUAUCAGCUCAGAUCCAAACGCUCAAGCCCCUUCACACCUAUGUGGAAGACGUUGACGACUACCCAGUAUCGCCCAAGCAGGCCCAGGAAUAUAUCCACAUCCGCAUUCAGCAGCGCAAAGGUCGCGAGACUUUAACGACUGUUCAAGGCAUCCCCAAAAAGUUCAAUCAGAGAAAGAUUCUCAAGGAGCUCAAGAACAAGCUCACAUGCAACGGAUCCAUCACUACUGAUAAAGCGAUGGGCGAGGGAAUUCAGCUUCACGGCGAUCAACGCAAAGGUGUCCAAGAAUUCUUGGUCGCAAAGAAGGAUGGUCUCGGGCUGGAUUUAGAAACUAUCAACGUGCACGGUUUCUAG